AUGGUAACGGUACGAAGCCCUCGAGUAAAAGAACUAAAGCAGCUACGAGGAGUUCACGCACCGACGUCUUCAGCCGAAUUUCGCGUGAUUACUUUGAAAGAUCCGGUCUUUGACCCUGAAUGGAUGUUUCAUCAUCCUCGAUUUCAGAGAGAAACAAAAAAGUCUGAAAAACUGCCUCAAAUUGAAUCAGGGUUAUUAAAAUACACCAAGAAGAUUUUCAGCCGAGUUCCUAGCUCGCGUGGAUAUUCGCGUAAUAGAAUUCAGUGCGAGCGAAGGGAUCACGAUGGAAGCCCGAACUCAACCUGCCGGCAUUUCUGCGAGUUGCUGGGUCCAAAUCUGUGCAAAGAUUGUUGGAAGCUUUCUCAAAGAUCUGAGGCAGUGAGGGAACACCGCGACAGCCAGAUGAGCUACUUAGAACGAGACAAAGAUUCUUUUAGUCAAAUAAUUGCCUCUCGUUUGAGGAAAGCUGAAUACAGUGAAAGUGAGGACGAGCUUUUUCAUGAGAGCGAAGACGAAGAGUUUAUUUUCAAAAAGCCGGCCUCUUAUUCAAGAAAACAAAGCUUAAUCAGUAGUCCUCCUCACGACAGUGGUUAUUCAAGCCGAAUGAGCUACAUUCGAAGCCUAAGUAGGACUCCCUCGAGCGACUUUUGUCCUCGCGUACGGUCAUCUAAGCCAUCCACGCGCGGAGGUGGAGUUGUUUCUGAUGAACAUACAAAAGAUAUUUCUAUAACAAAUAGUAAAUUACCUAGAGAUGAGGCAUCAACGCCAAUUUGGAAAAACGCUUAUUUAGCAAGGCUUCGCGAGAGGAAACCUUAUAAAGAUGUAUGGGAGAGCCUUUAUUAUCCGAGGAAGUUGAGACACGCUUGGAGGGAACUGCCCGUAGAGCCUGUUGUAAUGGAUUUAAAGCUGAUUAACUUUACUAUUUACGAUAGUUCCCCUCUUAACGAAAGGGUCGUCACAAAUACUGCAUGA